AUGUUACUAAGAAGCAGGCAGAAAAAGACAGAGACAAAGCAGCAAGAUAAAAAUGUAGACUCGAUAUUGAUUAAAGGCAGACAGAGAGGGAUAGAGACAAAGCAGCAAGACAAAAAAGUAGACUCGAUAUUAAUUAAAGGCAGGCAGAAAAGGAUAGAGACAAAGCAGCAAGACAAAAACGCAGACUCGAAAUUGAUUAUAGGCAGGCAGAAAAGGAUAGAGACAAAGCAGCAAGACAAAAACGUAGACUCGAAAUUGAUUAUAGACAGGGAGGAAAGAAUAGAGACAAAGCAGCAAGACAAAAACGUAGACUCGAAAUUGAUUAAAGGCACAGAGAGAGGGAUAGAGACAAAGCAGCAAGACAAAAAAGUAGACUCGAUAUUAAUUAAAGGCAGGCAGAAAAGGAUAGAGACAAAGCAGCAAGACAAAACGCAGACAGAAAAGGAUAGAGACAAAGCAGCAAGACAAAAAUGUAGACUCGAAAUUGAUUAUAGGCAGACAGAAAAGGAUAGAGACAAAGCAGCAAGACAAAAAUGUAGACUCGAAAUUGAUUAUAGACAGACAGAAAAGGAUAGAGACAAAGCACCAAGACAAAAAGUAGACUCGAUAUUGAGGCAUAAUAUGAUAGAGACAUAG